AAUAAAAAGAAAGAAAAAAAAAAAAAAAAAAAGUAGAUUCUCUUCCUUUUUCCACUUGGCAGUAGAUCUCUCUUUAGAACAGCAAAUCAGCAAUCCCACUAAUCUACGUUAGAUCAGUAACAAAAAUCAUGAAAAAAAUAUACCCCAUUGUUGAACUUUUAUAAUUAAGGAUGUGACAUAAAGAGUAAAUUUAAUGAAAUCGAUCUUAAAAUAAAAACGUUGAAUAAUAAUAAUCCAUUUGGAAAUCCUGAUUAAGGUGUAAUAAAUAAUGUGACAACUUUUUUAGUUUUUAACUCUGUAUGAUAUAAAAUAAUACAAGUAUACGAGUACAUGAUUAUUACUCCGUAUGUUUUUAGACCGUGAUUUAGAUGCUUAUUAAUUUAAAAAAGAAAAGAAAAAAAAAAAAAGGAAUGCGGCUAAGUUGAUGACAUCAUUUCACUUCAGUACAGAGUUCUGGGCAUCCAGAUCUUGCAGCCUAAAGAAGGUUCCCUCCACACAUACUCUUUUCUCUCUCUUCUUUCUCCACAAACCAAGAUUAUUGGAAAGCCAAAUAGCCAAUGAAUUUAGACAUGAAUUGGUGGGAUAAUAUACACAUAAUAAAACAAUCCUACCAAAAUUCACAAUGAAAAACCAUUCUUUAAACUUAAUAUUGAUCAUUUCACUAACCUUAUCUGUUGUAGCCAAUGGUGAGAAAUUAAGGAAUGUUGAAGUCAUCAGAAGAAUCCUGCAUCAACCAUUGUUCCCAGAAAGCUCAUCGCCUCCACCCGGGCUCGAUGAUUCGUCAUCAUUGGCACCUCCUCCGCCUUCAGCUGAUAAUUCCGGGGACACACCGGACCAGCCCUUCUUCCCGGAGGUGCCAGCAGGAUCAACCCCAACUCAGAACCCACCACCGCCACCUCCUGUGACGUCAAAUGGGGUAAGUCCGAUACCAACCGCGACACAGCCAGCUGCAAAGCCUACCAAGAAAGUGGCAAUUGCAGUCUCAGUGGUAAUAGUAACAUUAGGAAUGCUAUCAGCAUUGGCGUUCUUUUUGUAUAAACACAGGGUGAAGAACCCUGUUGAGACUCAGAAAUUGGUUGGUGGUGGUGGUGGUGGCCGUGGUGCGAAUAACUCGACAAGGCAUACAGAAGAACCAAGAGUGCCCCCUUCAAAUUUCCUGUAUAUAGGGACAGUAGAGCCAUCAAAUCAGAGAUCAGUACCAAUCAAUGAGAAUAACAUAGCCAAUGGAUCACCUUACCAUAAGCUGAAUAAUAGUAAUAGUAUUAAUAAUGAUAGUUCAAUGAAGAGGUCAGAUCGGUAUAGGCCUAGUCCUGAUUUGCAGCCAUUGCCGCCAUUGAAUAGAGCUCCUCCAAGGAGUGUGCCACAGAGGGGUUCCCCAACGGCUACUAUGUCUUCUUCUGAUGAGGACAGAAGUGAUACUCUGUUUUAUACUCCAUACGGCUCGAUCCAUGGCUCAUUUCAUGGCUCGGUUGCUAGUGGUGAUGAUGGGUAUUGGACUCAGGCUACACGUUCAAAUAGUAGAACCAAUGGUGGAAGUUCCUUCCCUCAUUCUAAGAGGACUUCACCUAAAUCAAGGGGUUUAGCUUCAUCAUCUCCUGAUGUUAUCAAGCAUGCUAUCAUUCCAUCUAUUAAGGCCACUGCCCCACCUCCGCCCCCUCCACCACCACCCCUGCCGCGAGCAGAGAUGGAGUCAGAUUAUGAAAAAGAGUAUGAGACUCAAGGGAAGGAGGAAUCAAGGUCAAAUAUACCCAAGAGGGCUAAAUUUGCAGCUCCUCCACCACCACCGAAUUUAGCACUCCUCCGAAAAUUCAGCAGUAAUAGUCCAUUUCAUCAGAAUGCUAAUCCACCACCUCCGCCGCCACCACCCCCUCCACCACCACCUCCUCCACGGGCACCAUUACUGACACCGAAGAAAGUAUCUAAUAAGAUGGAAAAUGGGUCUACUGGGGCUUCUCAAGUGUCACCGAAGGCACAAUUGGAAAGUCCUAACUCAAGAGAUGGCCUUAGAAAAGGAACAAUAAAAACAGAUGAAGAGCUUGAUAAUGAGUGCAGUUCUACUGGAAGGCCUAAUGGAGACGACUUAGAUGAGAGAAGACCAAGGCUGAAGCCCUUGCAUUGGGAUAAAGUAAGGGCAACCUCUGAUCGAGCUACUGUUUGGGACCAGCUGAAAUCAAGCUCCUUUCAAUUAAACGAGGAUAUGAUGGAAAGUUUAUUUGGCUGCAAUACAGCCCCUACGACGGUUAAGAAAGAGACAGGUAGAAGAUCAGUUCUCCCUCCUGUUGAGAAAGAGAACCGAGUUUUAGACCCAAAGAAGUCCCAGAACAUUGCCAUUUUAUUAAGAGCAUUGAAUGUGACUCGGGAUGAGGUUGCUGAAGCACUUAUGGACGGCAAUUUAGAAGGCUUGGGUGCAGAGCUUUUUGAGACAUUGGUCAAGAUGGCACCUACGAAGGAAGAAGAAAUAAAACUAAAAGACUACAAUGGCGACAUCUCAAAAUUAGGUGCUGCUGAGAGAUUUCUCAAGGGUAUACUUGAGAUACCAUUUGCCUUCAAAAGAGUUGAAGCUAUGCUUUACAGAGCUAACUUUGACUCAGAAGUGAAGUACCUAACAAAGUCAUUUGAAACCCUUGAGGUAGCAAGUGAUGAAUUGAAAAGUAGCAGACUCUUCCUUAAACUCCUCGAAGCUGUUCUGCAAACAGGGAACAGAAUGAAUGCAGGAACAAAUCGUGGAGAUGUGAAGGCCUUUAAACUUGAUACACUCCUAAAAUUAGUAGACAUCAAGGGAACGGAUGGAAAGACCACAUUGCUCCACUUUGUCGUCCAAGAAAUCAUAAAGUCUGAAGGCAUUGGCUCUGAAGUCAAUCCUCAGACAGCUGAUCAAUUGAGCUCCACAAAGAAGGAAGAAGCAUUCAGAAAGCAAGGAUUGCAGAUUGUGUCAGGACUAAGUAGAGAGCUAGGAAGUGUUAGAGGUGCAGCUGGGAUGGACUCAGAUGUCCUAAGUAGCUAUGUGUCAAAGCUAGAAAUGGGGCUCCAAAAGAUCAAGCUAGUUUUGCAACUUGAAACACCAGAUAUGCAAGGAAAAUUCUUCGAGUCAAUGAAGAAAUUUCUUAAGGAAUCCGAAGAACAAAUUGCACGAGUCAAGGCUCACGAAAGGAGAGCAUUGGCUCAUGUCAGAGAAGUGACUGAAUACUUCCACGGUGACACAGCAAAGGAAGAAGCACACCCAUUCAGAAUCUUUCUAAUUGUGAGAGACUUCCUUGCCGUACUAGACAAUGUGUGCAAGGAAGUUGGAACAAUGGAAAGCAGAAGUGUAAUGGGAACGGCUAGAUCAUUUCGAAUAUCAGCAUAUGCAACAGCACCAGUCCCCACAAAGUAUAAUGUUCGACGAGAUGACAGUUCAGGAGACGAAAGCAUGUCCUCAUGAUACAAGAGAACAAUGCCUCCACAGUCUACACAACCACAGGUUGUAUAUGAGUCAGAUAAUCAAAUUGGAAUAUAAAAACGAGGCAAUCAUGCCUAAGAAGCCAUUCAUUUAUUUCCAUUUGAGAGGCAAGCAACAAUAUACAACAAAAAAAGUCGGUCGACAAAUCGAUUCUUCAGGAGCAUUGACAAGAAUCUAUUGAAAAUACAUAAUUAUAUAGCAUCUUCUGAAAAGACCCAGCAAUCAAAGGCUCAAUAAUUUCAGAUUUUUUGAGCUUUUAAUGGAGGAAUUAUACAGUAGUCAGGUUAAUUAGUGUUUUUUCUACAGCCUACUUUGAAAAUAGGUUUGCUUCCUAUUCCAUGUAAAAUUAUUAUUAAUUUUAUUCUACCAAAAUAUCUUAAUAAAUGAAGCAUGAUUUGUUA